GAUAGAGAGACAAAUAGAGGAAAAUAUAAAGAGUAAUAGUGAGAGGGUGACGUUCUCUCCGACAACGCCACGUUCGAUAUCGGAACCAGUGUCGUAAGUGAACCGAACGCGGAGAUGUGGAGAACUAUUUUUUAAAAAAUUCUUUUAAAACAUUAUGAAUAUGUAUCCUUCACAUAUCUUAUAGAACACAAAGAGUUUAUUAUCCGAGAGAGAGAGAGAUAGACUUUGAAACCUUUGCUGCUAUUUCUAGCAGACCCGACCCGAACGAUCGGCCUGCCCUUCCCUCCACGUCGCGGCUGUUGCUGGUUGUGCGUGUGUGAGUGUACACGCUUCCGGAAUAAUUCGUUGUUUUCCGUCCAUUUCCGACAACAACAAGAAACCAGACGUCGCUAAGAUGGCCGAUAAGAUCGACAUGUCCCUGGAUGAAAUCAUCAAAUUGAACGGAGUAUCGAAGAGGGGACAGGGUGGCCGAGGAAACCGAGGGAGGGGCAGCUAUGGCCGAGGCCGCAGGUUUCGGGGUAGAGGCCAAGCGAACACAACGACCGGUACACCAAGUACGGGCACCAGCCUUAAAACGAGGGGCAGACGCAGUAGAGUUUGGUCGCGGAGGACCACAGGCAGGAGUACUCAGUCCCUCAGUCAACAGAGUUUGACUCCAUCACAGAAAACGGCUACGAAUAGCACAAACACCUCACAAAAAUCACAGCCAAAGAAGUUUUCACAGAAAAGCUCAGUUCAAAAUCGGACGACAUCGAGAAACUUGCCCUUCACACGUGGCCGCAGGGGCACGAGAGUGUUCCGCGGGACCCGGCAGGACGCCAGCCGGGGCGGAACCAGUGCAGUGAGCCGGUUACAGAGAGGUGGUAGCCAGAGGGGUAGGAGUGGAGCAGCGGUGAACAGGCUCCAGCGGGGCAGCAGCAGCAGAGGCGGCAGCAGCAGAGGUGGCAGCAGCGGGAUGCAGCGGACCGGCAGCAGCGGGAUACAGCGGACCGGCAGCAGGGUCGGCGGCGGAAGCGGUUUUCAGCAGAUCCAGAAACAAGCUAUUCAAGCUUUGUGGAAGGCAAAGAGUACCUUGUCGAAAAUCAACGCUCAGGUGAUGCGUAACAACAUCGUCGCAACUAAACGAGGACUACCGCCAUCGUCGGGGGUGAAUUCCAGACGCCUUAUCAACAACACAUCCUGGAAGUCGCAACAACAAAUGCGAAACCGAAGAAGAAAUUUUGCUAGCAACCGUGAUUUCUCGAAUCCGUCACUGUCAAAACGCAACCUUAACAACAGCACUUUGUCGUUGAAGUCAAAAAGUAGCCAGUUGUCAUUGACGACCCGUCAUUCUAACAGUUCGUUAUCGUUAAACAGUCAAGGAAGAAUGAAGCAACGUCGACCUUGGCGAUCUACAUCCAUGCAAGACAGUCCAUCAAAAAUCAUGACCAUCAGUGUUCAAAACUCUUCUCGACAUCCUGCUAACCAACCUGUGCCCAAUGUCAGACAGAGAAAUUCUCUGAAAUUCAACUUCACUUCUGGCCUUUAUGUUCCUGGAUCAACCGGAGUUUCACUGAAUGAGCGUUUCACAUCAACCGAUUCUUGCAACGAUACCCCAGCCACGCUGGCUUACGGCGACAGGAAGGUCUUCUUCUGAGCAGAGCGGAACGCCUCUUCGUCUUGUUGUCGAUGUUGUUGUUGUUGUUAAAUCUGGCGGAUUAAGACGACUGCAUCCUUGAGAUUCCUCUAUUUUUUGGCCAGCUUCACACACCACAACCCCCCUAUACACACACACACACACACAAAAAAAAAACAAAAGAAAACAGACAAAAUAAACUAAAAUCCCAGACAAGGACAUUGAUCAACUAACAAGCAUAUUGGUGCAAAUUUUCUAUUUAUUAAUUUGGAACUAUUUUGUAAAGUGUUUAUAAAUUUCUGAGCGUGGAGAGACUUAAAAA